AUGCCAUUUGCUCGCGCAACACUCGCACAGACGAGCCGUGCACGAGCGCCACCGCCGAGCCUGCAAAGUCCACAUGGCACCGGGGCAGAGCGUCAAGCGUCCAUCCGUGCGGCGCCACUGCAAGCGGCUCCAACGAGGAAAACGCUAGCACAUGGACAUUUUCCGCCGUCACCACCACGAUGCGCUCAAAGUCCGUGUCCAUGCAGAAGGCGCGCUCGCCUAGAUGCGCCAGGCGGAGAAGCGCGGACGCCAGGAAAACACGCACCUGGCCCGCGGCGUCGAGCGCCACCAUUUCGCCCGGCGCGCCGCGCACGUUUUUCUGGCGCCGCACGCGCACCAGAACUAUCUCCACUGGAUCUGCCAGGUGGGCCAGAUUUGCCAGGUGGGCCAGAUUUGCCAGGUGGGCCAGAUUUGCCAGGUGGGCCAGAUUUGCUAGGUCCGGCCGCGCCACCGCCUGCGCCGGCUGCGCCAGCGCCAAGUUCUUCGCCCAAACCACGCCGUCGCGCGUGCCCACUCCAAGCAAGGCGCCCGAAGCGUCCAGCGCCAGAACCGCAGCAAAGUGCGCCGAUCCCGGCACAAACACCUGGUUUUUCCCCAGCACCAACGCGCACAGCGCAAGCGAGCCGGCGGGCGAGAUGGUGGCAAGCCGGUCGUGCGCAAAAUCCAUCUCCACCACCGCCAGCGGGCCGUACUCGCCGUUGA